AAAAAAUAAUGAAUAAUCGACUACCUAACAAAAAAAAAACAUUUGUAAAAAGAUUAAAUGCAUUCAGAAUAAACCAUAUGGAGCACGUCAAUUAAAGGACAUGGAAAAACGAGGAGUCACUGCUACAAGAACUCGACACGAACAGAGGGGAGCUUGAGAGAAAAUACAUUCAUAUGCUAUUUUGUAACGUCUUCAAAAUUAGUCUAGCCCCAAUCAUAACCAGAGAGAACGUCGCGUGAUCACCGGCCGAGGAUUGGUAGGCUAACUAAUCAAUGAUUGUCUCUCUCCUGAUGCUCAAUUGUAUUCAUGCAGGCUACUGUUGCGGCUGUACACUCUAACCGGAAUCACCAUUGGAAAGCUAUUACGCGGAUAUAUUGUAGCAUCUCGACCUCCGAACGAAUCAUUCUGAGCUGAUAUUGGUGUGGGUCGUUUGGUUUAGGUUUUUGUAUUUGUAUUUGUGAGGACAAUUGGAUUGCCAUUUCCUUGACUGAAUGUAGCCGUCAAUUUUAUUUGGCCGCCGUAUGAAUUCUCCCAUCGGAUUCGCGUCAGUGUACGUUUUUGUUUUCAGACGGGCAGUUUGUUUAGAGGGCACCCUCUCUAUCAUAACUGAAGACGAUUUGAUUUCUGAUUCCCCAAUCACUGCUUUUGGAAUAUGUCUGGACAGUCUAUCACGGAUCGGAUCGCUGCGGCUCAGCACAGCAUGACCGGAUCCGCUAUAAGCAAAGCCGUCUGCAAGGCCACGACGCAUGAAGUCAGCGGACCCAAGAAGAAACACCUUGACUACCUGAUCCACUGCACCAACGAGCUGAACGUGAGUGUGCCCCACCUGGCUGACACGUUGUUUGAGAGGACGGCCAACAACAGCUGGGUGGUGGUGUUCAAGGCCCUCGUCACCACGCACCACCUCAUGAUGUACGGCAACGAGCGAUUAAUCCAGUAUCUGGCGUCCAGAAACACACUUUUUAACCUGAACAACUUCUUGGAUAAGGGAGCAUUACAAGGUUAUGACAUGUCAACGUUCAUCAGACGCUACAGCAGGUAUCUGAAUGAGAAGGCCAUGUCCUACAGGCUGGUGGCUGUGGACUUCACCAAGAUGAAGAGAGGGGUCGACGGUGUGAUGCGCACCAUGACGGUUGAGAAGCUGAUCAAGACUCUACCGAUUAUUCAGAAUCAGCUGGAUGCACUGCUGGAUUUUCAGGCUAACUCUAACGAACUGACCAAUGGCGUCAUCAACAGCGCCUUCAUGCUGCUCUUCAAAGACUCCAUCCGCCUCUUUGCCGCGUACAAUGAAGGAGUCAUCAACAUGCUGGAGAAAUAUUUUGAUAUGAAGAAGAACCAAUGCAAAGACGCCCUGGAGAUUUAUAAGACGUUUCUGAACAGAAUGACCAAGCUGUCAGAGUUUCUCAAAGUUGCAGAGCAAGUUGGAAUUGAUCAGGGUGACAUCCCCGAUCUCACACAGGCCCCUAGCAGCCUCCUGGAAGCUUUGGAGCAGCAUUUGGCCUCUCUGGAGGGGAGGAAAAUCAAGGAGCUCUCCACAGCCACCAGAGCUAACACCUUGUCCAGUGCUGUGUCGUCACUGUCCAGCACUGGAAUCUCCCUCAGCCGCAUGGACGAGAAGGAGGACGAGAACAGGCUCAAGGACGAGGGAGCCAAGGUGAUUGACGUGCAGACGCCGACCGUCUCUCCCAGCUCCCAGUCAGUGGGCAGUGCCAACGGCAGCAGUGGGGUCACAGACCUCUUCUCCAACUCAUCUGUUGUAUCCGUUACAAAUAACGUGCCAAAUCUCACCAGUGACUUGUUCAACCUCCAGCCCACCUUCAACCCGAAUAUCCAGACCACACACACUGUGCCGUCUAACAACAACGCCUGGGGAGGUUUGGGGCUCCCAGGGGACCUGUUGAAGCCAGCUCAGCCCACACACAUCCACAGCCCUGGGAUACCACUGCAAUCUGGGGGGAAGAUGAUGCCCACUGACCUGGACUCCUCCUUAGCCAACCUUGUUGGCAACUUGCAGUUCGGAGGAACACCAGCCAAAAAGCCAGAGCCCCAGUGGGCCCAGCUGGUAGAGAAGAAGCCCACAGGAGGGACUCACUGGCAGUCCAAAACCAUGUGCACCAGCCCCAACUGGAACCAUCAUGCCCCCAUGGCUCCUCAACCUAUGCCCAUACCACAAAUGAAUGGAAUGAUCUAUACUGGCUAUGCUCCGGCUCCAGUGGCUUUUCCUAUGACGACACCUCAAGUGCCUGUUUAUGGAAUGGAGAUGCCUCCUCAUCAGAUGGGGCAGAUGGGUGGAGUCCCUAUGAUGGCACCACAGCAUAUGAUGUACAACCAACCUGUCCUUCGGCACACCAAUCCAUUCGCUCCCAUGCCAGGAGCCCAGGCUUAUUUUCCUAUGCAGAUGCACUUCAUGUAGGACUGGGAGCAUCUUACCAUGACAGUAAAAGCAGAGAGACGAACCAAUCCAGAACCAAAUGCAACGCGAGGUGGAAGAGAGAAAGGAGCAGAAGACGGUGGUGGAGACGGACCGGUGAUGUGUUGGUGUCGGUGCUCUUUCAGUGGCCUCCCUGUGGGAUGGAACCUCUGUUACAUUCUGCAUCAUGGCUGAUAUAUAAGAGUCCCAUCCAAGUCCUUUGACAAGUCCCCGCUCACAUUCAUUCUGUAUUUGAUUUGCUCAUUUGAAUGGGUAUCGUUCCGACCUGUUUGAACCCAUGCUAUGACGACAGACCCCCCCAUCCGUCAGUGUCAAUGGACAUCUCUUUCUCUGAUAGUUUGCACGCACUUUAAUCAAAUGUGAACUUUGCCACGGGUGUACAUACGCAUUGUCCAAUUAGGAUCUCAUACAAACCACUACAACACUCCUACGUCUUUUCUCCCCAAUGUUCAUGUCAGAGUUGCGGUAGCUACCGUUUUCAUGCGUUUCAAUCGAUGUUCACCAAACAUUUUGGAGUCUACUCCGUAUUCGUUCCAUUUUUUUUGUUUUUGUUUCACAACCAGUUAUAGUAUUGGAUAAAUGGCUUGGAGACACAUGGUUUGUGUACGCGUGUGUGUGUGCAUGUACAGUAUAUCUGUCAGUGUGUUCAUUUGCGUUGCACUCUGAUCUAAAUGUACAACCGCUAUUGUUGUCAUGUUUUCUUCGGUUCCUGUGAAAGCCAUGAUCUGCGUGGCGAGGGCUGCCCACUGUACUCUUGUUUUUAAACGGUGUGCUCCAUGCCAACAUAGACCUACGGUGUACUCCUGUGAAAGAAGUGAAGGCGGCCCACUCAUUUCAUACGGAACCGUCGUAGGUCAUGACACGUUCUGCCUCUGCCGUGCCACCCGUUGUUCGCUCUGCUCGGUGCUAUUUGAGUUUAAAUACGUGAUCCAUGUUCCUUUAGCUACCACAACGGAGCAUGGAACUUCCCGCCAUUGCGUUUCGAUUCUGCUCUUUGAAACAGAUACACUGUCCUUGUAACGGUCCUACCAGUCUUGCACCCCCCCCCCAUGUCAAUGAGUAAACGUUGGGAGAGUGUUCUUCGUGUUUCUUCUCGUAUCGCUCCAGGUCGAUGCCCAAUGAGUUGUCGCAUGUGUCAUUGUUGUGUUUCUGAGUGGCAGUGUGUUUGCGGUGCAGCUCCCCACCAACCCCUGGAGAAUGUUGUUGAGGAGCUCGUUUCUGAGAGACUGCUUCGCGAGACAGUGAAACUGACAAUCGCUCCAGUAAGUCAGCAACUAUCUGCCACGCUCCAACUCCAGCCCCAGAGAGAGCCCUAGCUUGCUGUCCUGGACAAUUAUUAUUAUUUAUUUUUUUUGCCCGGAGGGCAGAGGACAAGCGAAGAGGAAAGUAGAGAAAUCUGUAAAUGUGAUCGAGGGUCAUGUCUGUCCAGAAACUCCCAGGUGUGCGUAACUGUGACAGACAGAUGACAUAUAUAGCACAAACCCUGGAGGGGGGUGAGCGUUUUACUGCACAAAACUAAAACCAUUGCUGGGAUGUACAGUCAAAGGGGCUGGGGGAAAUCCUUGUUUUUCUAUUUAUUGUGUUUCUAUAUUUCCAUGCCCUUCCCGGUGAGAUAAACAGGGUAGUGUUCCUCAACGAGGCCUCCCAGCUUCUGGUCCUCCGAGGUCAGUGGGGGUCACUGAAGCCAUCCAGGCCAUCUGGUAGUGUCUAUUUAGCCAUGAGUAGUCGAGUGUCGUAACGUGUCUCAAUACAAGUCGGUCGUCUGUUAGAUUUGCUAUAGAGCCUCUCAUUCUGCUAAUCAUGGGCUCUGUCAAGACUACCGCAUUCCGAUGCCCUGUGACCGGCUUACAUUUUGUAGAUGUUCUUUGAAACGUAAUUCUGUCUCAAUGUCACCUGUGUCAAUUGAAUGCUUUUAUGCAAGUUCACGCUGUCCCAUAGACCAAUUCUGACUGUUACGCUGUCCUCUGUAUGUAACCUUGUAUGUUUUUUGACAUGUGCUCUCUCUGUAAGUGAUAGCCCCAUUGGGAGACGGGGGUUGUUUAUUGCCGUGUCUGUGGUGCGGGUCAUUGUGCUUGGCGGUGUCAUGGGGUGUACGUCUGUGGUGUUUGUGUAUAUCUUGAUGGGGUGGGGGGUGUGUGUGUUAGGUUCAACAGUAUCACAACUGGUCUACCAAGAGUGUCUUCAUUGUGGCAGUGGACACUGUCCUCUCCGUAACAGGAACAUUUUGCACCAAAGUCAUCAAGCGCAGCUUUUUCUCCGCGGUCACAUUGCUGAUAUCCAAUUUGGAGGAAUUUGAUUUCAGCGACAAGUCUCCUUGCAUGAUUAGUGUUGUCUUUUUCUAUUGACUUGUGUGCCCGGUAAAGAGCAUGAUCAUAUGUGAAAUUUCACUUACCGGUGUGUUUGCAAAUGUUUAGGAAUUUCUCCAUGAGAUUUUGACUUGCCUCUUUUACAUUAGCGUUCAUAAAUGUGUGUGUCCCACCAGAUAUAACCGUCUUUUUUUUGUUUUUUUUUGCAUUUGAAAUGCAAUUCAAAGCUCCUAUCAAAUACCUAUUCAGUUACGAGACCACACAUUUUGUGAAACAUGAAUAUAAAUGCUAUGCAUCACCUAGCUAGCUAGACAUUCAGGUCUUGUAAACCCCUCCUUGUUAAAACGUUGCUAUUUUCAAUACAUUUUGUUGAGCGCAUGCUCUUUUUCCUUCCGAGUUUUUAGGAUUUCUCCAAGUAUGUUCAGUCUUGUCCCUCUUCCAUUGGAUCACAUCAUUCUCUGACAAUAUUGGUCAUCUUCCUUUGCGCUUGCAGUGGAAAAUCUGGCUCCCUGAUCUUUUAGCCACUGAAGGAUGUCAAACGUGCAUUGUCACUUUUUGCCCGAUGUACUCUGGCGAUGUAUAAUGUACAUUUAUGCAUAUUUAACAAUGAGCACAGUAUACUUAUCUGUUGGUUACUGUGUUCUACUCCAUAUUGCCCACCUGAACCCCCCUUUGUGAUGAAACGAAGCAUUGUCCAGGAUGUCCUGUUUUUGGAAGUGAGGCUCCAUACCUCUUUGUUGUUGAGUACAUCAAAUGGAUUGAUAACACAAUACACUGUAUUGUCAAUGCUAAAUUACAUUGUUAUAAACAAUUGGUUUUUCUUUUUAAAUGCAGAGGUUGUUGUUUUUGGAAGACAAUUGAAUAAAAUGUCAUAUGUU